AUGACUCGUCCAAAAGGUCAGAAACGUUUUGCCGAAAUGAAACGCAUGAUCAAGUUAACCGAUGCGCGAUUAAAAGCUAAAGAUCGUGUGAAACCCAAAAAUCACGAGAAAAAAGAAGAAAAGAAGAACAUUGGAGAGAUUAUCGAGAAACAAGUUGCACCAGUCACAUCAGCACUCUUCUUCCGGUACAAUACUCAACUCGGUCCACCGUAUCAUAUCUUAGUCGAUACAAAUUUUAUCAACUUCUCUAUCAAAGUCAAACUCGACAUCAUUCAAUCAAUGAUGGAUUGUCUCUAUGCCAAAUGCACACCAUAUAUAACAGAUUGUGUCAUGGGCGAAAUCGAAAAACUAGGUACAAAAUAUCGUGUCGCAUUGCGAAUUGCUAAAGAUCCUCGCUUUGAACGUUUACCAUGCUCACACAAGGGAACCUAUGCUGAUGAUUGCAUUGUUCAACGUGUCACACAGCAUAAAUGCUACAUUGUUGCUACAUGUGAUCGUGAAUUGAAACGACGCAUACGGAAAAUUCCUGGUGUACCAAUUAUGUAUCUGCAUGGUCAUCGUUAUACAAUUGAACGUAUGCCAGAUGCACAUGGAGCACCGCGAACAUGA